AUGAAAAAACAUGACAUCAUCUUUGCUAGCAGGCCUUUUAUUCUUUCUACAAGUAUCAUAUCCGAGAAUGACAUUGGCUUCGCACCUUAUGGGGAUCACUGGAGACAACUUCGAAAAUUUUGCAUACUGGAGCUUUUAAGUGUCAAGCGUGUCCAAUCAUUCCGACCCAUCAGGGAAGAAGAGAUCUCGAAUUUGAUCAAAACUAAUUCGACGCAUACAGGAUCUCUCAUCAAUCUAACUGAAAAGUUUUUCUCGAUGACAUACAGCAUCACUGCAAAGGCUGUCAUUGGUAAGAAAUUCCAUGGGCGAAAAGAAUUCAUAUCACUUGUCAAGGAAACCAUAGAGUUAGGAGGAGGUCUCAAUAUUGCUGAUCUCUAUCCUUCAUUUAAAAUGCUGGCUUUAAUCACUGGACUGGGGACUAGAAUUGAGAAGACUCAUCAGAAAAUUGAUAGGACGUUGACCAAUAUCAUUGAUGAACAUAAAGCUAGGAAGGUGGCAGCACAGACCAGUGAUGGUGAAGUUGAUCAUGAAGACCUGGUUGAUGUUCUUCUAAGACUUCAAAAGGAGGGUAAUCUUGAGAUCCCUUUAACUAUGACAACCGUCAAGUCAGUCAUCUUGGACAUGUUCAUUGACAGAAUCGAGACAUCAUCUAAUACUCUAGGCUGGAUAAUUGCAAAAAUGCUGAAAAACCCAAGACUGAUGAAAAAGGCACAAGCUGAGGUGAGACAGAUUUUAUGUAAAAAGAGAAAUAUUCUUAAUGAAGAUGAACUCCAUGAAUUGAGUAACUUAAAGUUAGUUAUCAAAGAACCUUUGAGAUUACACCCUCCUCUCCUUUUAUUAAUUCCAAGAGAGAGCAGAGAGAGAUGUGAAAUCAAUGGAUAUGAGAUACCUGCAAAAACCCAUGUCUUUGUCAAUGUAUUUGCAAUUCAUAUAGAUCCCGAAAAUUGGAGUGAUCCAGAGAGCUUUGUUCUAGAGAGAUUCCUUGACAGUUCAAUUGAUUUCAAGGGGACUCAUUUUCAAUAUCUACCAUUUGGUGCUGGGAGGAGAAUAUGUCCUGGCAUGUCAUUCGGUUUAGCUAAUGUUGAGCUUCCACUUGCAAAUUUAUUAUUUCACUUUGACUGGAAACUUCCGGAGGGAGAGAAGCCAGAAGAUCUAGACAUGACUGAGAUCUUUGAUGCAGCAGUUAGCAGGAAAACAGAUCUGUGUGUGAUUCCUACCGCUUAUCAUCCUUCAACUGAUGAACAAGAGAUUAAGAGCGAGUAA